AUGAAAUACCUCAAACGCUCUGCCCCCCCCGCGACCGCCGUCGAUGUCUCCGCCAUCGUCCACGGCGUGAUCGCGGAUAUCCGCAAGAACGGAGACGCUGCCGUGCGCCGCUACUCGGACAAGUUCGAUCAAUGGUCGCCGGCCUCGUUCCGGCUGUCUCGCGCGGAGAUUGAUGCCGCCAUCGCAGCCUGCCCUGCGCAGACCAUCGAGGAUAUCAAGACCGUCCAGCGGAACGUGCGGCUGUUCGCGGAGCAGCAGCGCGAGUCCAUCACCGACUUUGAAUACGAGAUCCAGCCAGGUGUCUUCCUCGGACAGAGGAACCUGCCGAUCCAGCGGGUGGGAGCGUACAUUCCGGGCGGAAGAUACCCGUUGCUGGCAUCCGCGCAUAUGACCAUCCUCACGGCCAAAACCGCGGGGGUCCCCCAUGUGGUCGGAUGCACGCCGCCGAUGGCAGGAGACAUCCCGAACGCGACGGUUGCGGCCAUGGCGCUGGCAGGCGCAGACGAAAUCUACCUGCUGGGCGGCGUGCAGGCGAUCGCAGCCAUGGCCCUGGGCACCGAGUCGAUGGCCAAAGUGGACUUCCUCGCGGGGCCGGGCAACGCCUUUGUUGCCGAGGCCAAACGGCAGCUCUUCGGCGAGGUUGGCAUCGACCUUUUCGCGGGGCCGACGGAGAUCCUCAUCGUCGCCGACGAGACGGCCGAUCCGUUCACCGUCGCGACGGAUCUGCUCUCCCAGGCGGAACAUGGGCCCGACACCCCCGCGGUCCUCAUCACCACGUCUCCAUCCGUCGGAAGAGAAACGAUCUGCCGGGUCCAGGAACUGCUGCAACGGGAUCUUUCCACGGCGGAGCUGUCCCAGACCUCCUGGGAGCGCUUCGGCGAGGUUGUCGUCGUUGAGAAUGACGACAAGGAUGUCCUGGAUACUGACGACGGCAAUCACGGGCUGGUGGACGCCGCCUACGCUGUCGCCGACACAUACGCCAGCGAGCAUGUCCAGAUCCUCACGGCGGACCCGCGCCGCGCCCUGGCCAAGAUGACUGCGUACGGCGCAUUGUUCCUCGGCGCCCGCACCUGCGUCUCAUACGGCGACAAGGUGAUCGGCACCAACCAUGUGCUGCCUACAAAGAAGGCGGCGCGCUACACCGGCGGCCUGUGGGUGGGCAAGUUCCUACGCACCCUGACCUACCAGGAAGUUCGCGAUGACCGCGCCAGUGGCGAGCUGGGGAGAUUGUGUGGGCGCGCAGCUCGGGUCGAGAAGUUUGAAGGACACGCCCGUUCGGGGGACAUCCGCGCGCACAAGUAUCUCGGAGACGAAUUGGGGUGGUAG